GCGGGGCCGGUGCCGCCCGGAGCCCCGAUGGCGCCGCAGGGUCCCCGGGCCGGUCCCCCCGGCGCCCCCCGGGCCGGUCCCCUCGGAGCCCCCCGGGCCGCGGGGCUGUUGCUGCUGGCGCUGCUGGCGCUGCUGGCGCUGGGAUCUGGGCAGGAGGAGGGAAUGGUCUGGCUGCCCGGGGGGAGCUUCCAGAUGGGAUCCAGCUCCCCGGGGAAGAGGAACGAGGAGGGGCCAGUCAGGGAGGUGACAGUGAAGCCAUUUGCUGUGGACAAAUACCCCGUCACCAACAGGGAUUUCAGGGAGUUUGUCAGAGAGAAGAAAUACAAAACAGAAGCAGAAGCCUUUGGCUGGAGCUUUGUCUUUGAGGAUCUCGUGUCUGAAGAGCUGAAAAAAAAAGUCACCCAGAAACUGGAGUCUGCCCCGUGGUGGCUGCCCAUCCAGAAGGCUUUUUGGAGGCAGCCCUCAGGCCCUGGCUCCAGCAUAAAGGACAGGCUGGAUCACCCGGUGCUGCACGUGAGCUGGAACGAUGCGCGGGCGUUUUGUGCCUGGAGAGGGAAGAGGCUCCUGACAGAGGAGGAGUGGGAGUUUGCUGCCAGGGGAGGCCUGGAGCAAAGGAUCUAUCCCUGGGGAAACAAGUUUCAGCUGAACCGUACAAAUCUGUGGCAGGGUGAUUUCCCACGGGCAGACACGGCUGCAGACGGUUAUCACGGUGUCUCACCAGUGGCAGCGUUCCCUCCUCAGAACAACUACGGGCUCUACGACCUGCUGGGAAACACCUGGGAAUGGACAGCAUCAGAGUUCCUGGCCCCAGGGCUCUCAGCAAGGCAGCGUGCCCAAAAAAUGCAGGUCCUGAGAGGAGCCUCCUGGGUGGACACUGCAGAUGGGUCUGCAAACCAUAAAGCUCGUGUCACAACCAGAAUGGGGAACACACCAGACUCGGCCUCCGACAACCUCAGCUUCCGCUGCGCUGCCGACGUCCCACCGGUCAGGGCUGAGAAAAGCCAGACCAAACCCGAGCUCUGAGGGUCACUUGAGAAGACCUGGAGGCAUUUUCUCCUGUGGAGACGAAACCCCAGCAGCCACUUUCCUUAAACCCAGACAGUUUAAAAAAUGUACAAAAAUAAAUACUUUCAGCUAAAA